AUGGCAAAGGCAGCAACCACCAAGUGGAAUCUUUUCCUUAUUCUGCUGAAUUCUCUGGGGACCGCGCUGUCAACUGGUACCGACUCUCUCAUUGUCAAGUAUCGAACCUUACUUGGACAGUGCUCAGUGAAUGAAAAGCUUCUCCUUCAUCUUGGUGAUGGAAAACAGAAGGGAAAUGACACUGAGCUGUGUCCUCCUUUGUCAAAAAGCCUCAAAGAGACUUUCCAAGAGCUGUGGAGCCUGCAGUCAGGUAAUGACGCCUUGAACGUCACCAUACAAUCUCAAUAUAAACAAGGAAAAUUCAUUGAUGGACACUGGGCCAUCAACACUGAGAAGUAUAGCAUCUACUUUUAUCCAUCUAAUGACACCUGGAGAGAGAGUCAUUCUGAUGACAGCAGUGUCUCGGAGCUGUGGAAAAACAAGAAGGAAGUAGAACAAGAUUUCAGUAAAUUCUCCAAAGGAGAUGUCUGUGACUGCCUCAAGAAAUGGUGGCCACACUCCAGAGAAAUGCCAAGUAAGUAGUUAGGUAGAUUAGCACAAGGAAACAUC